CACUCUGCAAGCACUGAGGUUAGCCUAUAACUGCAUUGAGCGACUUUCGAGUACAUCAAUACAGCCUUGAACAACCUAAUCACACCUUGAGCACAACCCACCUUCCCGUCAAGAUGGUAGCACUAUCCAACAUCGACCUCCACUCCCUCUUCGGCACAUACACGCGCCAAAAAUCCUGCUCCGACGACCUCAACAAAGUCCUCGCCCUUCAUGGCGUCAACAUGCUCGCCUGCAAAGCCGCAACAGCAGCCUCUGUUCACCUGACAAUCCCGCAACCGUCGUCCAACGAGAUCAAAAUGGCCCAACCCAUCACUGCGGGCAAGUUUUCAGGCACAAAUGAAGACUACACACUGGACUGGGAGUGGGGCAGCAACGAAGACAGCUUCUUCGGCACCGUGGAGGGAAGGAGUCGGUGGGUGGGUGUUGAUGAGGGACGAAAGUGAAACUGGA